GCGGGGAGAAGGAAGGGGACGUGCGUGCGGGCAGAGGACAAAAAUUAAGAGGGAGAGCUGGUUGUGGGGGGGAGAUUGGAUUCCUUCCUCAGCACUUCAGGCAGGCGGCAGAGCUGGCGUGGGAACAGAUGAGCCCCGGGGAGGAGAGAUGAGACCCCAUCCCUCCAGGAAGAAGAGAAGAAGCCCCCCGUGAUGGGGUCCUGCAUGUCCAAAGAAUUCUUCACAAGUGCUCACAAGGAGUAUUCUGUCGCCAGCAAACCCAGCCAGCCAGAGAGCUCGCCCGCUGCCCCCCGUGGCAGCCAGCAAGGGCCACCUGCUGCCGCGGAGAAGGCCAUCAGCAAGGAAAACCAGAUGGAUUUCUGCUGGGACCCGUUGCAGAAAUGUUUCAAGACCUCCCAUGGGAUUCUCUCCAACUCCAAGUCGGGCUCCAGCACUUACAACGUCACGGCCCUGGCGACCUCCUCUCUGGUGGGGUUGGUCCAAACCAUCAAGGAUCACAUCACCAAGCCCACAGCCAUGGCCCGGGGCCGGGUGGCUCACCUCAUCGAGUGGAAAGGCUGGAGUGCCCCGCAGUCGGGCUGGGAGCCAUCGCUGCCAGACGAAGACCAGUAUUCCUACCUCACCGAUGAGCUGAAGGAGGCACGAUUUGCAGCAGGUGUAGCGGAGCAAUUUGCCAUCACCGAAGCCACCCUGAGUGCUUGGUCCUCGCUAGAUGAUGACGAAAUCAACUAUGGGGGCAGCUCCCAGGAUGUCAUACAGCUUCCAGACCUGGAGGGCAUCUACCUACAGGAAAAGAUGCUGCCCAGUCCCCAGGCGAUCAGCAGCCCGCAGCUAGAAGGCAUCCUGCCAGCUUUCUGCCCCUCCACGUGCACGUCCCCACCACCCCGGGGACACCCCACGGCAGACGAGUGGAACUCAAGCCUCCCCUCCCUGGGGGCUCUGCCCUGUGGCUCCCCCCACGCCAGGAGCUCCCAGCUAGGAAGCAUGGAGAAGGAGCCGGCCAGCUCAGCCAGAGAGCAGGAGAGCGCGAGCAGCACCCUCCAGCAGCACCUCACCAGCUCCCUCCGCUACGUGGACAGCAGCUCCCUCUCGGAGGAUGAAGUGUUUUAUAACUAGAUGCUCCCUCCCCGCUCUCCCCAGCGCAGGAGCGAGCGGACAGGGCUGGGGCAGCAGGGAGAUCUUCCGCUCAGAUCACUCGCGCCCGUUCAGCCCCGGCUUCCUGGAGACUUGCAGAAGCAGCCGCCUCUGGGUUCACCGUGGUGUGUGGGGAGAAGGCCCCCGCAGCAGUGACUGUCUAGACAGAGGAUGGCAGGGAAGAGGCUGUCUCACUGCGCCUCGUCUAGUCCUCCAGAGCAGGCCACAUCUGGACUGA